AUGGAGAAACUACCUACUCACACCGGCGAAACCCAUGGCGCUUCUCAAGAGCCAAGAUGGAUGGCCCCACAGAAACGUCCACGAAGAGCCAUUUUUUUGAGACGCGUCUUUAUCGUCUUCUGUUUCUUGGCUGGAUAUUACAUGCUAAUUAGACCCCGGUCUACCCAAUGCAUGUCGCCUGAGUGUGCACCCUGUGAUACUUCUAAGUGCUUGGCCCCAGGACAGAACGCAGGCGGCUCUAAAGAUUUCGCUGCCCAGAAUCACGAACAUGAACAGGCAAAAAUCAGCCAAGACCCAAUCACCAGCCAGUCGAAUGAAUCAACGAGAAUUCCACUUGAGGCCCAUAUCAUGAGCAAAUGUCCAGAUGCUCAAGGCUGCUUGCAGAAACUGAUUCUGCCAGCUAUGGAGCAGAUUAGUGACAAAGUGGACUUCCGGCUUUCAUUUAUCGCCAGUGUCUCUAAAGAAACCUCCGAUAUACAGUGCAUGCAUGGGCCAGCCGAAUGUAUCGGUAACAUGCUCAUGCUAUGCGCUGCCAACCUACCCUUCCCUCCUACGUCGGACAGAUCGCUUCUUCCUCAAAAUUACCCUCGAACACCCAUCAUACGAUCUCUAGGCUUUGCCAACUGCCUGAUCAACGAUUAUACCCGCAUCCCCGACCGUGGGCUUGUCCACCAGUGUGCACUAGAACAUGGAAUUGACUUCGACGCUUUGAACCAAUGUGCAAGCCAGCAAAGCGACGCCCCCGAUGAUGGCCAGCGUGGGAAAAGUCCGCUUAGCGGCAUUGCCCUUCUACGACACAAUGCUCUGCACAGCGAGCAUCUUGAUGUGCAUACUAGCUGCACUGUUCGGUUAGACGACUCAGUCUGGUGCAUCCAUGAUGGUGGAGUUUGGAAGACCUGUGCCCAGGAUGGCGAGGGGAGUAAGCCACAGGUCCUAGCUGAUGAGAUCAAAAGACUCUGGCAGGAGAGGAACUAAAUCCUACGUGAAAUAAACCUGUGACGAUACCCCAUGAGAUGCCAUUGAUAUUU